GGUUUGGACAGCUAAGCAUCGUCUCUCGAGAACAUUACUGCCUUUAGGCCCGAGGUCGACCGGUUCGCCGUGCAAAGCAAAACCGGAGAUGGCAGUCGCCUCCACCGCCGCCGCUGUUGCCCUCUGGCCGGCUUCCCAGUCUGCUCUCUUCCUCCGCCGGCCCUCCUCUCUCGCCUCCAAGCUUCCCUCCCACUAUCCGCCGCGCGCUUCUUGCACGCUCAGAUCCGCCGCUCUUGUCACUCCCCUCCCCCGUCCGACCCCUCGUCGACCCGAGACUCGUCUCUUCGCGGACGAAUCCGAGUCCCCGGAUAUCGAGGUGGAGAUUGAAAACGACGGAGGCUCAGGAGGAGGAAUCGAGGGGUCCGAUGGCGGAUCAGGUGGUGGUGGUGAGGGUGGGGACGAUGGUAAGAACGGAGGGGCGGGGGAUUCCGGGGAGAGCGAAGAGGGAGGAGCGGAUAAGGAGAAGAAGGUGGAGCAUGAGGGCGGGAUGUCCAUGUCGCAGAAGGUGACGCUGGGCUAUGCGGCCCUCGUCGGAGUUGGUGGCAUCAUGGGAUAUGUUAAAAGUGGGAGCCAGAAGUCAUUAGCUGUUGGAGGGAUAGCAGCCUUGCUACUGUAUUUUGUGUAUACACUACUUCCAGUUAGACCAGCUUUUGCAUCAUCUCUCGGUCUAGGUUUAUCUGCAGCUCUCCUGGUAGUGAUGGGUUCUCGCUUCAAGAAGUCCGGGAAGAUCUUUCCCGCAGGCAUUGUGUCUGUCGUGUCAUUCAUCAUGGUUGGUGGUUAUUUUCAUGGAAUCCUACGCAGUUCUCAUGUUUAAAUGCCCACCGGCUACCAUCAGUAGAUUUUGCGACCAGUGGCUGUUGUUAGGACAAACUGUCUGUUCUUGAACACUUUUUCUACAUUUGUUGUUGUCUGUCAUAAAGAUAUGGAAGCUGUUUACCCCUUGAUGAGUUUGUGUGAUGCCCAAACUUUAGUAACCUGUGAUUACUCUUUACUGAA